UAUACUCUAUUUACCCCCAAAAAGUUUCAUUCGACAACCCACACACAGAUAAACACAGAGAGAAAGAAAAGAAAGACAAGAACCAAAAUGAAUGGUAAGCAUUUCUUGAUUCUUUCUCUAGCGGUUCAGAGCCACAUCAACCCUACUCUACAACUCGCCAAGAUCCUCACUCACCAUGGCGCUCAAGUCACUUUCGCCACCACCACCUCCGGCCUAGCCCGUCUCAAGAACCUCCCCACCAUCCCCGGCUUAUCCUACGCCACUUUCUCCGACGGCACCGAGCAACACAGUAAUCAAUCACAAGACCCCAGCAAAAAGGACCCUCCCGAUGCUUACUUGGCUACCUUAAGACGCGAGGGACCUCAGAACCUCAAAAAGCUUCUCCAGAAGCUCUCCGACGAGGGUUCUCCGGUGACUUUUAUAGUGUACACUGUGGUGUUACCAUGGGCGGCAGAGGCGGCGCGUGACAUGCGCAUCCCGUCCGCUUUUCUCUUCAUUCAGUGUGCUAUUGCGUUCACGAUCUUCCAUCGCUUCUUUAACAGCCAUGAUGGUCUUCAUUCAGAGGAUAAUAAUUUUCGAGACGAUGCUUCGAUAAAAAUACCGAAAUUGUCCUUGUUCACCAGCCAGGACAUUCCUUCUUUUCUUUUACCGAGUAAUGAAUAUCAUUCCUCUAUGAUCCCUGUUUUCAGAGAGCACAUCCAGACCCUCGAAAAAGAUCCGAAUCCGUGUGUUCUCGUGAACACUUUCGAGGCGCUGGAAGAGGAUUUUAUACACUCCUUUCCUAGUAUAAAAUUUCUUCCCAUAGGACCUUUACUUCCGUUUGCAAUUCAAGAUGGACAUGAGUUGCAUGACAAGUCAUCUGGGGGCCACUUGUUCCAGUCCCCCACGGAAAAUUAUUUAUCAUGGCUUGACUCGAAACCCGACACGUCGGUUAUUUACGUAUCAUUCGGGAGCCUAUUGGUGCUCAAGGACACCCAAAAAGAAGAAAUUCUGCAAUGCUUGAGGGAAAGCGGGAGGCCUUUUCUGUGGGUCAUUCGUGAGAUCAAAGAUGAAGAAGUGAGCUCUAUGAGGGAGAGUCAUUGUAUUAGUGAAGAAAUGGGGAUGAUAGUGCCGUGGUGUUCGCAAGUGGAGGUGCUGAGCCACCGCGCCACGGGGUGUUUCGUGACGCACUGCGGGUGGAACUCGACGUUGGAGAGCAUGGCGAGUGGCGUGCCUUUGGUGGGGUGUCCGAGCUUCUCGGAGCAGAAGACGAAUAUGAAGAUCAUAGAGGAGUUAUGGGGGAAUGGAAUAGGGGCGAAAGGGAAUGAAGAAGGGGUGUUUGUGAGAGAAGAGAUCAGGAGGUGUGUGGAUAUUGUGAUGGGAGGAGACGAGAAAGGGAAUGAAAUAAAAGAGAAUGCUGCGAAAUGGAAGAGGCUGGCGGUUGAAGCAGUCAAGAAGGGUGGCUCGUCAUAUAACAAUCUUCUAAAUUUUCUGGAAAUGUAAGCACGGAUCCAUGAUGCAUGAUUACUCUCUUAGCAAAUGAUAUGACUAGUAUGGGACCUGUAUAAAAGCAAUAAUGUUGAAUAUUUGCGCACCAACGAGCAUGAAGAGAUGGGCCGAUGCCGUAUCAGUUAGAUCUCCGGUGGUUGAAAAUCCUGGAAUGUGUGCGAGCACUGUAGUAGUACUGUAAACUGCUAGCAAGACUAGUGUGUUUGUUCUUGUUUAAUCUGAAAAAGCAGAAAUAAAAUAUUGAGUAAAUUACAGAUUGUGUACCUGAAGUUUGUCAUAUAUUCAAUGUGUGUACCUGCAGUUUUGUA